AUGAACAACCACCGUCCGACGUGCUUCUUCUUCUUCUUCCUCCUUUGUCUACCUCUUAUUAUUUCCUCCGCUGCCACCACCCUUCCUCUGCAACUUGUUUCACUUCUGUCUCUGAAAUCAUCUCUGGUUGAUCCUUUGAAUACGUUUCAAGACUGGGAUCCAUCGCCUUCGUUAUCUAAACCUGGAUUCGAACAUGUUUGGUGUUCUUGGUCCGGUAUCAAAUGUGAUCCGAGAACGUUUCAGAUCAGUUCAUUGGACAUCUCUAAUCGGAACCUCUCUGGCACGAUUCCCGAAGCCAUCAAGUACUUAACGCACUUACACCAUUUGAAUAUCAGUGUAAAUAAUUUUGCCGGACCUCUACCGACGGCGAUCUUCGGCCUGACUUUUCUUCGGACGCUUGAUGUCAAUCAUAACCUUUUCAAUUCAACAUUUCCGCCAGGGAUUUCGAAGUUGAAGUUUCUUACAUUCUUUAAUGCUUUCAGCAACAGCUUCACUGGGCCGUUGCCUCAGGAGUUUGUCCGUUUGAGCUUUCUGGAAUACCUCAACCUCGGUGGAAGCUACUUCGAAGGUGAAAUUCCAAAAAGUUAUGGUGGUUUCCAAAGGUUAAAGUUCUUAUACCUUGCUGGAAACAGCCUCGGUGGUGAAAUUCCGGCUCAGUUAGGGCUUAUAACGUCGCUCCAGCGUUUAGAAUUCGGAUACAAUGGUUUCUCCGGCGAAUUACCAACGCAGUUUGCUUUGUUGUCAAAUCUGUCAUUCCUUGAUAUUUCAUCUGCUAAUCUUUCUGGAGACUUUCCUAUCGCUUUAACUAACUUGACGAAGCUCGAGACAUUGUUAAUUUUCAAAAACAAUCUGUACGGUGAAAUUCCGGAGAGUAUAGGCAAUUUGCAAUAUGUGAGGAUUCUCGACUUGUCGAAUAACAAAUUCUCAGGAGACAUACCGGAGGAAGUAUCGUCUUUGAAAAACCUAAUGGAGUUGAGUCUGAUGAACAACAAGUUUACAGGAGAAGUUCCUCGAGGAAUCGGUGAGCUUCCUGCGCUCGAAUUCCUGUUCCUAUGGAACAAUUCAUUCACCGGAAUUCUGCCACAAAAACUAGGCUUAAACUCGAAAUUACAGAGGCUUGAUGUCUCUUCCAACUCUUUCUCUGGUCCAAUUCCACCAAAUCUCUGCCUCGGCAACAAGCUAGUAAAACUCAUCCUCUUUUCCAACAAGUUUUCUGGUUCUCUUCCGUCUUCUUUAGCUAACUGCACGUCGUUAUUAAGGUUCCGCGUCCAAAAUAAUAGACUCAACGGCUCAAUUCCGAUUGGAUUUGGAAGUUUGCCCAAUAUUACGUUCAUGGAGAUGAGUGACAACAGUUUCACAGGACCAAUUCCAGCAGAUUUAGCCGAUGCAGCUAAACUAGAGUAUCUAAACAUUUCAGGAAAUUCAUUUGAUAGUGGUUUGCCGGAAAAUAUCUGGAGUGCUCGUAGUUUACAGAUAUUUUCAGCGAGUUCAAGCAUCAUUCCAUGGGAGAUUUCAACUCUACCUUCGAUAACAGAAGUGGAUGUUUCUCACAAUUUUCUUACUGGUACGAUUCCUUCCACUUUCGGUAACUGCAGUACAUUAGAAGGUUUCAACGUUUCCUACAAUCAGCUCACAGGGCCAGUGCCUUCCUUCGGACCUGCAUUUUCGAGCAUACAUCCUUCUUCUUUCACCGGAAACGAAGGACUAUGCGGUGGAGUACUCCAGAAACCAUGUGGUACUGAAAGUGAAACUGAGAUAAAGCCACAGCAACCGAAGAAGACUGGCGGAGCUAUCGUGUGGAUAGUAGCGGCGGCAUUUGGUGUAGGCCUGUUCAUCCUCAUAGCCGGAAGCCGAUGCUUCCGCGCAAAUUACCGGCGUCGCUUCGUUGUAGAAGAAAGAGAGAUUGGACCGUGGAAACUAACCGCCUUCCAACGGUUGAACUUCACCGCCGAUGAUGUGGUGGAGUGUUUGUCAAUGACGGAUAAGAUCCUCGGGAUGGGGGGCACUGGGACCGUUUACAAAGCCGAAAUGCCAAGUGGCGAGAUCAUAGCCGUUAAGAAGCUUUGGGGGAAAAACAAAGAGACGAUCAGACGCCGGCGAGGGGUGUUGGCGGAGGUGGACGUAUUGGGCAACGUGAGGCACCGGAAUAUCGUGAGAUUACUUGGGUACUGCACCAACAGGGAGUGCACGAUGCUGCUCUACGAAUACAUGCCCAAUGGAAGCUUAGAUGAUCUCCUCCAUGGGAAGAACAAAGGUGACAAUUUAAUGGCGGAUUGGGUCACCCGUUACAAGAUAGCACUAGGGGUGGCGCAGGGUAUUUGCUACCUCCACCACGACUGUGAUCCGGUGAUUGUCCACCGUGAUUUGAAGCCGAGCAAUAUCCUAUUGGACGGCGAGAUGGAAGCCCGGGUGGCCGACUUUGGUGUCGCAAAGCUCAUCCAAUUCGAAGAAUCAAUGUCGGUUAUUGCUGGGUCAUACGGCUACAUUGCACCAGAAUAUGCAUACACUUUGCAAGUCGAUGAAAAAAGUGACAUAUACAGCUUUGGAGUCGUGUUAUUGGAAAUUAUUAGUGGAAAGACGUCAGUGAAUUCUGAAUUCGGGGACGGGAAUAGCAUUGUGGAUUGGGUAAGGUCAAAAAUUAAAACAAAAGAAGGGACCAAAGACGUACUGGAUCAAAAUGCAGGGGCGUCGUGUGGCUCAGUACGAGAAGAAAUGAUGUUAUUGCUAAGGGUGGCAUUGUUAUGUACGAGUAGAAAUCCAGUUGACCGGCCUUCGAUGAGGGAUGUAGUGUCAAUGUUGCAAGAAGCUAAGCCAAAGAGGAAGUCGCCGGAAAAUGGUGUUAGAACGGUGGUUAAUGGUGAUGCUAAACCUCCACCGCCAUCACAAAAAGGGACUAUCGAAUGUUAAUAGAAUUUUUCUCUUUUGGAGUUUUUUUUUAUUUAAUUUUUCAUUUUGGGGCUUAAUGAGUUUGUUUCUUCCUUUUUAGUUAGUGGUGGGGAUUGGUAUAGAAGAAGUAUAUUUGUUUUCGUUAUGAAUGAAAAUGUCGAGUCAACGGUUAAUUAUUAGGGUGUUUCUGUAAUUUAACAAAUGGUGCCAUUGAUGUAGGUGA